AUGGGGGAGGAUUCAAUAGAAGAGAAGAGAAAAGUCAGCCUGCAGAAAACGGAAGAACAAUUACUCAGAAUAGAAAAAAAAUUAGGUAGACUACAAAAUUGCAGAGCCUCCCCUGAAACACAAAGACGGAAAGAUAAGCAAGGACGGGAUUCCCUUGUCUCUAUCCCAUCCCAGGUGUCGAGUCCAGCUCUGUUUUUUAUCAAACUGCCUUCAAUCCACCAGUUUUUUCUUCCCGUAGUCUCUGCCCCCAUUUUUAAAACAAUUCUUCUGUACAACUUUCCUGUUUCAGAAAUUUCAUGGCAGACAAAUGUUUACUACUUCUCUGACACGGAAGAAAAUUGGGAGAUGGCAAGAAAAAAAUGUGCUGAUCGUGAUUCUCACCUUCUCAUUAUUAAUACCAAGCAAGAGCAGGAUUUUGUGAUCCAGACACUAAAACAAUCCAUCUGGCUUGGCUUAAGUGAUAUAGAGACAGAAGGAACUUGGCGUUGGGUUGAUGGAUCACCACUGGAAAAAUGGAGCUGGAGAACAGGUGAACCCAAUAAUGAUGGGAAAAAUGGUGAAGAUUGUGCUGUCCUAUAUAAAGAGGGAAAGUGGAAUGACAUUCACUGUAACGCACGAGUUAAGUUUGUGUGUGAGAAGGAAGAGGUCUCUGUGCAAUGA